UUUUUGUGUGAUAUUAUCAUCUAGCAAUCAGGCCUACUCCCAAUCUGUCCAGCAGAUUCUGCGUGGAAUUUUUGGAAGUCGCCAUGUCUCUGGUGUCAGAAUGUAGAUCUAGAAUAUGAGCCUCGACGGUACGAAGUGAAAGUGUGUAGCCGAUCUGGAGUGUGUGUUUUCUGUUAUCUUACUUACGCCAUCGGCUGUUUUUCUUAAAAACUCUCUACUCUAAACUGUUUGGAAUUGCCGAGAGAUACGGAAUCAAGGACGUGAGUGGCAGCUAUUUGAGAGUUCGGAAAAUAAACCUUUGUAUCAAUUUGAUUCAAACCAGUCUGUGAUUGUAAACUGUGAGCCUAGAUUACUGGUAAACUGGCUUGGGCAGAGAAUAAGAGAUGUUAUCAAUAAUUUGAAACACACGUCCUUUUGAUUAGCACACACAUGCACACAUCGGACUUUUUUUUUUCUAACGACAUGUAUACUCAGUAGUGCAAAGAGUGAAAUUACAUGAUCUACACAUGCAUGCCUAUACUAGUAGUUAAGGCAGGCUGGUUCAUUGUUGAUUAAUUGCUGGCUAAUUAUACCUUGUCAUUUAAAUAACCGUAUUGACGGCUGUUCUCCUGUGUUUGGAGAUUAAAUUAUAACACGAAUUGACGUAGUUGUGUUAAGUCAGAAAUAUGAACAGAUGGUUCACAUCUAUAUUUCUAGGAGGGUUUGAUUCGUAACUAUCUGACACACUUAAAAGGUAAACUCUGAAUUCUCAAGACAUGGGAGUACACUUCAUUCUGAGCGGAGUACACUUCAUUCUGAGCACCUAGUUACUGGAUGAAAAUAAAACUGUGGUAACUUCUGGCUGUGUUUAAAGAUGGAUUACAUUCGAGCCUUUGAUGUAGAGCUGGACAGGUCAGUGUACCAUUCUGGUGACAUGCUGACUGGUCAUGUAUACAUUGAGGUUGAGGAGAACAUGCGUCUACAAAACAUCAAAGUGUUUCUGCGUGGGAAAGCUCAUGCUGAAUGGAAAAUAACUCGAGCUGGUGAGCGCAGAACUAUGAAACAAGAAGAGCAUUAUCUUGAGGAACGAAUGAUGAUCUGGGGCAAAGAUGACAGUGAUUCUCAUCAAGGAAUUCCCAUAUUAACCAGAGGACGACAUCGCUAUCCUUUCCAUUUUCAACUGCCAGAGACUGUUUUGCCAUGCUCAUUUGAAAGCAAAAUAGGAAAUAUUCGCUACUAUGUACGGGUGAACCUCAACAUUCCUUACGCAUCAUGUCCACAGUGUAUUCGUUACUUCACAAUCAUUGGUCCACAGAUUCAUUGCAUGGAUGAAAGAUAUUUGUCUCCUGUUUCUUCAGAAGCCAAGAAGAACUCAUGCAGCUUAUGUUGUGGUAAAGGACCAAUGCUUCUCAGAACAACUUUAGAAAGAAGCUCUUAUGUGUGUGGAGAGCAUAUUUUGUUGAAAGCAGAAGUACAAAAUGGAGGAAAUUCUGAAGCAUGGGUUCUUUGUAAAUUAAUACAAUAUGUGGAGUUCUUCAUCAAUAAAGGUGUGUUAGGAUUAUCUAAAGAAGUUCGCCAUACAGUAUUAGAGGUUGAAAGUGAGAAGGUGCCGCCUCAUGAAACUGCUAACUUGGAUGAACUGAUGGCUAAACUUGUCAUCCCCAUAAUUCCACCAACAAUGGUUGAAGUUUGUGGGGUCAUUCAAAUAUUCUAUACAUUAAAGAUUUAUUUGGAGACUUCUAAAGGUAAAGGUGAUAUAGCUGAGAUCAGUAUGCCCAUUACUAUUGGUACUGUUCCUUGUUUAGCUGCCAACAAUACCAUGCCUGAAAUACACUAUGAGGUGGCAGCGUCCAAUGUGGAAGGAGGAAUGUACAUAAGUCCAGAGUUUCAACUAGGACAAGUGUACAUGGGAGAUGAAGUAGAUCCAGAAACUGACCAGACUAUUUUGUACAGACCUGUCUAUGUGUGUGUAUCUGGUGAAAGUCAGGCUCCUUGUAAAACUGAUGUACACUUGCUACAGGUGCCAAGUAGGCAAGUAAACAAAAGCCAUGACAACAAAGGCAGUCAAGAGGGCCUGAAUGUUCAAGAAUUAUCCAGUUUAUCCCAGCACCAUGUCAAGAUGUUUCAAGUCAGUGGAGAAGAAGGCAGCUGCUCCAGUGGCCUUAAAGUGAAAAAGAAUAUUGUUGAGGAUCAAUUUCUGAAAGAGAUAACAGCUAAGUUAGCAUCUAGAAAUGUUCAGGAAAGAGGGGAUGAUGGAGUCAGAUAUGGACCAGGGCAUGGUGAUCAGCAGCAAGAAAUCGAGGCACACGUUGAGAUGAUGAGAAAACACAAGAAAUCUAAUGACACUGUUCACAAAGCCCUGGUCAAUGAACUGCGUAAACAUCUUUCUGAAGGGGAUGAGAAUGCAGAGGUUGAAAAGGUCCCUAGGGGCCUUAAAAAACCUUCUGGUGCAAAGAAAAUAUCAGAGACUGGUAAUGUUACAGAUUCCAGUAAACCACCCAAUAGCUAUACAUCCCGAGACGUCCAGGACGAAGCCAGUGUUUCACUUAUAAAUGAUCACUCAAAGCAGCAAGCAGAAAGUCCAAGAAGAAGUCAGACUGUGCCCACUGUUCAAACGUUCACAAAAAUCUAUCCGAAAACUGUUCUUUCUAAUGCGCGAGAGGAAGCAGAAGUGGAAAUCUGUGAGCAGACAGCUUUGUUGUCAGAAUCUUUAAACACCUCUACUGAAACUAAGUGUUUACCUGACUUGGAACAUGUUGAAUGUCUGACAAACAUGCAAUCAAGUUUGCAAGAAUCAUUUCCUAAAGACCUCCCCACUCUGAGUGAUCAAGAUGGAAUGACUGACUUUGAGAAACGUUACAGUGCCGCUGUAGAACAAGAGAGCUCUGAUUUUGUUCCUGAGCUACAUACUGUAGCAGACGUCAAUGUCCGGUUCAGCCAUCACAGCUCAAUAGAACGAACAGUGAACACUAUCAUACCUGCUGCAAUAGCUGCUACUGUCACUGCUGCAGCCCCUGCUGCUGCAGAAUUAUCACCUGCAAAACAAACACCUUCAGUGGCUCCAAAACCAAAACACAAAGACAGACAUUCAUUUCCUGCUGCAAGACAGACUUCUGAUCAGACUGAUGAGCACACAGAACAUUUACUUAAUUAUGUUAUAAGACCCAAAAGUGAAAUGGUGGAUCAAACAAGUUUCCACGAUGACAGUACUGCCUAAUAGAUUUUAGUGACAAUUUUGCAAGCUAUUUUAUGUAAUAUUUGUAUUUAAUACACAUUUAAUAGAAUGUUUUUAUUUUUUUUGUUUUUUUUUUUUUUUGCUAGUUUUUUAAUUUUUCCAUUGAACUAAACAGUAAAUUUUCCAAUAAAUUUUCUACUUUCUUAAAAAAAAAUUUUAAUUGUGAAAAUUAUUUUUUUUUGUCAUGCAAGAUAAAAAAAACUAUUUGAAAUGUAUUCACUAUGGUAUAUUUUUAUCUAAGGUCUCAAUUUUUUAAUGUAAAAUGAAUGAAUUAUUUCCCUUUAUAAGCUCUCAACUAACUGGUAUUGAGCCUGUCAAACAAACCCAAAAGUCUACCUAUAGUCUAUAAGCACUGUCAAAUAUAGCCUCAGAUUUUUUGAGUUACAAUCUCUAUCAAUUUAAUAAGUAACAUUGUUAUUUAGAUGUCAAGUUAAACCUAGUCUAUAUAUUUUUUAUGAUUUUUUUUCCCAUUUGUCUCACCAUAUUCUUAGACACUUGACUGCAGAGCUCAAUUCUUGGGUGUAUGACAUGUUUCACAUCUCAGUAGUUGAACUUUGAAAGAAAAAUGUAUUUUUUAGCAGUUAUUUUCUUUAUCUGUCUUUAUCAUUGGUACUAAUAAUAUGGUUAAUUUUAUCACGUUAACCCACUUAAAACUUUUUUCAAUUUAGAUUGGUAUUAUUAAUAUCACUACAGCUUUUAAUCUAAUUUUGUUUUAUUAGAACUAGAUAUCAUCAAACAAACUUUAAGAGUUUUCCAUAAUUCUAUUGUCAUAAUAUUUGGUGAGAUGUUAUAGAGGUUUUUUUUAUCAAAUACUUCAUUGAACUUACAGACUAUAAAAAAAACUUCCUAUAAUCUGAAGAAAUUGCCCUAAAUAGAAUUGAUAUAUAUUAUACUGAAUGAAUUAUUCAUUGUUAAGCUGUAUUUAUUUAGAUUUUAGUCUUCAUUGCUCUGUAAAAUACGGAACAUGAAUAUAGCAUACAAUUUCCCCUAAACAUGUAUAAACAUGGGAAAUUCAUUAUGCAAGGAUUAUAUGCAGGUGGACUUUACUUUCUAGUUUUAAAAGUGAAAAGGAAUGAGUUGCUUUGAACAAAUUCUGGGGCAGAAUUGACAUUUUUAAUUUUGAUAAACAAAUUAGAUGAGCACAGUGUUCUUUCUUUCUUAAAAGCAAUGUCUAGAACUAAAAAAAACAAACAAGCACAAGCAAAAAAAAACACACCAAAGGGAUUAUAAACAUACUUACAUAGUCCAUGUUCUUUUACCAAAAAUUAUAUGGUAUGCACAUCAACAACUUGUAGUCCCUCCAACUCUGACAUCCUAGGUUAUAUUAGUUUCAGUAGAAACAUAACCUGAAGUAAAUUGGUAACAUAGUUCUAUGGCCUAAAUUAUUUUUUUUACUUACAACUGUUUCAUUUGUAUCCAAUCCCUAGUACAACUUGCUGCACAAAGUGUGGAAGACUUGAUUUAACUCCAGUUUCUUGUAGAGAAAUUGUCUGGGUGUAUAUAUUUUUAAAUUUUAAUAGUCACUUUGUUAGUAGUCAUUUUAUUUUUAUUUAAGUUUUUUUAGUUAACAAAAUUAUAACUUAUAAAUGAAUCAGCAUUUUUAAGUAAUUUAACAAAUUUACUGUUUCUAUUUAAUGCAUAACUUUUCAUUGGAUAUGUGUAUAUAAAACUUAUAUGUUAAAAUAAUUGAUCAAUUAAAUUUAAAAGAGAGUAAUUCUUGAAAACAAAUAGGUAAGAUUAAUAUUCAGAAUACUAUUUUUUUUUUAUUGCUUUUAUAUAGUCCAUCCUUCACAAUUUCAUUGUGGAUUAGUGGAGAGAAGGGACUAUUUGGGAAAAGGUUUUCAUAUGCAUUUAGGCGUUCAGCAAACACAACUCUGCUCGUGUUGGGAUUCAAACUCGAUCCCCCUUGUUAGGUGGUGAAACUGUAGCCAAGCAGUUUUUAACCAAAUAUAUUUAACUAUUGAUAAUAUGCAAAACAAAAAAUGUAUUUUCUUUCUUAAUAAUUAAUAAACAACAUAAGAUAAAACUGAAAUGUAGGAAAUGGUUGACUAAUUUUUAACUAACACAUCAUUUUAUUAUUUGGCAACAUUUUAAUUUCAAAAUAAUAUUUACUAACAUAUACAUUUAAAAAAACAACAACUGAUGUUCAUAAUCUAAGUUUAAAUUCUACUAGUGUUCUGUUUUUUUAGAGGACUCACCAUUGUUUCUUGAUUAAGGAAGUAGACAAUAUUGUUUAGUUCCAGUUUUUAAAUAAUAACAGCUUCAUUUUUAAGAACAAAUAACUGUAGAUAUGCUGUAGAUAUAUCUGUUUGUUUGAAUGUUGGUUGUAUCACAUCUGACAGGAGAUAAUGGCAAAUAGACACACUGCUAUUUAGUUUCAACAUUUCUAUUCUUUAUACUCUUUUAUUUAUUUCAAGAAAAAGAUUCACUACCAUAUAUUUAUCAACAUGAAUUAUUUGUAGCUAUUUAAAUGUAUGAACUAUUUUAUGCCUUAAGACAAUCGAAGAGAAAGACUUUUAAAUGAUUAAUGAUCAGGAUUAUACAACUAGAGGUAAGACAACAUUAUUAGGACCAUCCAAUGCAUUAUAUCGGCAUAGAAAACCUUAAUGUACCUUGAUUAUGUUAUAAGGUAAUUCUGAUGUGGAAAUUUCAGCUAUUUAUCAAAUUACAAUGACAAUUGUAUGCUGCUGUUUUUUUUUUCAUGUUGUUUUAUGUUUGUAGCCUCCAUGACAUGAUCCUAUGUAAAUAUCUUUGAACUAGUUCAGCUUCAUUCACUAAUCUAUUUCUUUUGCUAUCUUAAGUCCUACUUGUAAGCGAGGGGAAUCACCCUAACAUUGUAUACUGUGGUCAUAGGAGGAGGAUCUAAUCUAGUCAUGAAGUGCAAUGUUUUCUGUUUGAUUCUAUCGACUGGUCUUUGUAUGAUUUAUCUUUAGACAUUAUUGGCUUUGUCCUGUACUGUUUAAACUCUAUAUUGUGGUUAUACUUUUGUGCAAUGUUGAAUUGAAACUGCAUCAGGCGCCUGCAGUUUUCUAUUUCUUUUGUUAGAUAAUAAUAACCUGUACAGUUUUGCUUCCGUUCUAACAGAAUUAGUUUAUUUAUUAAAUGAAUUUUUCUUUCAUUAUUUAUAUCACUCAGCAUUAUUUGGAUAUUAUUUGCUUAUUUAUUUGCUUUUUUUUUUUUUUUAGAAAAUGGACUCUUUUUAAUUAGAAUAUUUCUUUUUUUGCCUGUAAUAUACAAUGAAGCUUAAACGGUACAACUUUUUUUUUAUCCAUUUAUUAAAUAGUUAAUUCAUUAAAUAGUGGAGGAGCGGUGGCUGAGUGGUAAAGCACUUGGCUUCCGAACCAGGAAUACCAGGUUCAAUUCCUGGUGAAGGCUGGGAUUUUUAUUUGGGGAUCUUUGGGUGCCUUUAAAUCCACCCAGCUCUAAUGGGUACCUAAAAUUAGUUGGGGAAAAGUAAAGGUGGUUGGUGGUUGUGCUGGCCAUAUGACUGCCUCGUUAACCAUGGGGCCGCAAAAACAGAUGACCUUUACAUCAUCUGCCCUAGGGGUUCUUUACUUUUACUUUACUCAUUAAAUAGUGAACUCAUCUUUUUUCUUGUUCCAUUUGAAAUUUACUUUUGAUCAAACCUGCAAGUGUUAAUUACUUGUGUGCCUACAGAAGAAGAAGAUUAGUUCUACAGAAAGUGUCAACCAGUUUAGUAUUCUGUGUAAACAAUGAGCUGCCCCAGUCACUCUUUUCAGUGUAAUUCAUCGGCUUGCCCUGCCUGAAGCAUUACACAAGCUUGUUCUCAUUGCUUUCUUAACAAUAUUUUUGUAACAAAAAUUGUACGUACCACAAUUUCAAGUCUUGGACUAAAGCUGCACUCUUUGUUAUGAUAGACAGACUUUAUUGCAAACAUUUGUCUGGUCUGGACAUUAGUUUAGAUUGGUUCUCAAGUUAUUUAAAUACAGCUCCAUUUGUAAAGCAUAUUUGUUAUUGACUUGUUUUCAGCUAGUCUCUACAUACAAAACUCUGUACUAUAAGUGCUGCCAGUUUGGCUUUCAAGUGUCCAGCACAGCUUUCACUUACUUUUUAUAAUACUCCUUUAUACUUGAGGCAAUCAAUUGUUUCAAAGCCAAAGGGAAUGAAUAUUUUGGCUACUUAUAAAUAGACUCGUAAAGACAAUUAUCAACUUUGUACUAUUGUAUCCAAUUCAUAGAUUUGUAUUUGUGGUAUUUAUGUUAUAGAAUUAUCAGGUAUUCUUCAGAUUAAAGUUGAGUACAUUCAAGCUCUUACCUUUUGUCUGCCCAGGGGGAUGAGUGAUCUCAGUUUGAUUAUACUGACAGAUCACAUGACCUGGGUCUGAUCUCAGUUUGAUUAUACUGUCAGAUCACAUGACCUGGGUCUGAUCUCAAUUUGAUUAUACUGACAGAUCACGUGGCCAGGUAUCUCAAAUCAGCCAGAAUGAACAAUAGCUUAAAACGGAACAUGAAUGAUACCAGUACUUCUUGGAUAUGGGAAAGAAUUCAUCUUCUUAUUUGAAGCAAUGUCUGACAUUGAUGACAUAAGACUUUUUAGAAUGUUUUCUGUUUCAGCUUCUUGUGUAAAACUUAUUUAGCCUUUAACUUUCUUAUACAAAUUUAAUUUAAUUGCUAUUUAAAUAUAGUCCUAUAUUGAAAAACUGACAAACAUGAAGACCACAAUAAAUUUUUAACAGUAAACUAUGAGGUGAUAAAGCUAACUUACUAAUACCCAAACAAUAGACAUGUUUUUCUCAAGCCUGGCUAGUAGAUUGGAAAUAAUUAUUUAAUGUGCCAGGUAAAAUGUAUAUUUUGAGAUUGAAAGCCAGUAACUCCAUCAUAAUGUCCUUACCACACAAUCAUUUCUCUAGUUUCAUGUUAUGAUGGCUGCCUGGUCGUGCGGUUUGUGCGCUUGACUGUCGUUCGGAUUUAUCGAUGGUCUCGGGUUCAAACCCUGCCCGCUCCCAUCCCCCGUCGUCCUGCGGGAGGUUUGGACUAGGAAGUAAUUAUCUUCAACUCUGAAGGAACAUCCGAAACACGUAAAACAUUUUACAAACAUUUUUUUACAUUUUAUGUCCCUUGAACUGAUUAGAAAGAAGUGAUGAUAUCAUUUGUAACAUGACACAUAGAAUUAAUUUUUAAAUAUUUGUGGUGCAUAUUCUAGCACUUGAUGAGAUUGAGAAAGAGGCCUACAAUUAACAAUCAUUUCUAGCAGUACCCAGAGAACAAUGGGCCUACAAUGGACAAUCCUGAACCAACUUGAAUUGCUCAGUAGUGUACAGAGAAGAGCUCUCAUUGGCAAUGCUGGUCUCACUUUUUGUUGCCAACUUUCAUUGCUUGAAUUCUGUUUUUAUACUUUGUUUUUACUUUUAGAGUACUAUGAAAGUAUGUUUGGGGAAAUAGUGUCUUUUGUUACUUUAUGGGGACAAUUUGUGUAUGCACAAUAUUUGUAAUAUGUUGAUACUAACUACUGAUUCAUUUUUUAUCAUUUGUAUUGACUAUUUAAAUGUUUUAAUGUGCAUGUAAUCUUAUAGUCAUUUUCUGACAAUCUUUAUACAUAAUUAAAACAUAUUUUUUUUUAAAGAGAA